UAAAUUGUUCUUUAGACGUCUGCAACUAGCUGCUCAACAUGAUUUAGAAACGAUUAAAAAUUGAACUUUUUUAAAUUAUUUUGUAAUUACCUUACCUCAUUUAAAGUAAUAUGUUUAACUCCUAUACCAAUGUGUAACUAAAAAUUGAAGGACUUAGCAAUCGAAAAGCCCGAGCUAAGCUCUUAUUAGCUUCGAGAAACCGGCUCAAAUGCGAAAAACUCAAUUACUUAAUUGCGCUGCAAAUAUACAAAUAGAAAUCAUUGAAAACGAUGCUUUCUAUUGUUUGGAUUAUUUUGUUAAGUAGCACUUUGACAAAGUGUUUAGAUAAUGGGCUCGCAAAAACUCCGCCAAUGGGAUGGCUUUCAUGGGAAAGAUUUCGAUGUAAUACUGACUGCAUAAACGAUCCUGAUAACUGCAUAAGUGAACAGCUUUUUCAAACUAUGACUGAUAUCGUCGUUGCUGAUGGUUAUGCAUCCGUUGGCUAUGAAUAUAUAAAUAUAGAUGACUGCUGGUUAGAAAAACACCGCAGUCAUGAUGGAAAGUUGGUGGCUGACCGAAAACGCUUCCCCAAUGGAAUCAAAGCUUUAUCUGAUUAUAUUCAUUCCAGAGGCCUCAAGUUUGGAAUAUACGAGGACUAUGGUAACUAUACUUGUGCGGGAUAUCCUGGGAUUAUUGGUUAUGAAGAGAAGGAUGCACUUCUGUUUGCGGAGUGGAAUGUAGACUACGUAAAACUUGAUGGCUGUUAUGCACUACCGUAUGAUAUGGAUCAUGGAUAUUCGACAUUCGGAAGGCUUCUAAAUAGCACAGGAAAAUCUAUGGUAUAUUCGUGCAGUUGGCCUGUUUAUCAAAUUUAUGCCGGAAUACAGCCGAACUACUCGGCAAUCCAAACGCAUUGUAAUCUCUGGAGAAACUAUGAUGACAUCCAGGACUCCUGGGCGUCUGUUGAAAACAUAAUCGAUUACUAUGGCAACAAUCAAGAUUUAAUAGCUCCUAAUGCGGGUCCUGGCCACUGGAACGAUCCCGACAUGUUAAUUAUUGGAAACUUUGGACUAAGUUAUGAGCAAGCAAAAACACAAUUUGCCAUUUGGUCGAUUUUGGCUGCUCCCCUUUUGAUGUCAGUCGAUCUAAGAACGAUCCGUCCGCAAUUUAAGCACAUUUUACAAAAUAGAAAAAUAAUAGCUGUGGAUCAAGAUCCACUUGGUAUACAAGGCAGGCGAAUUUACAAACAUAAGGGGAUUGAAAUUUGGUCAAGACCAAUUGGACCAUUAUACCAAAACUUUUACUCGUACGCAAUCGCCUUUGUAAAUAGAAGAACGGAUGGAACUCCUUCAGAUAUAUCAGUUACUCUAAAAGAGCUGGGUCUUAUUAAUUUUUCAGGAUACAGAGUAGAGGACCUCUAUGAGAACGUCGAUUAUGGCGUGUUAUACCCCAACACUAAAAUCAAAGUUAAAGUAAACCCCUCUGGAGUGGUAAUGCUAAAAGGAGAAGUUCAGUUUCCAGUUGACCUGUAAUAAAGUUUGUAAAAAAGGAUUGCCCUUUCAACAUGCUAAUUACACUACGUUGUCAAUAAAUUUUAAUCCACCCCUACUGGGUUAGCGACUGACUAACUUACGCACCGAUUUAUAAAUCAAGUUUUUCGUCU